CAUUUGACGUUUGUGCCUUGUGGUUCCGUGUUCCGUGCCGUGUUGUUGUGGACUUGUGGGUAGUUUUGUGCGUUAAAAAAAUAGCUAAAGUCUAUUAAUUUUGUAUUAAAAUAUUGUUUAUUAAAUUAAAAUGUUACGUAGCCUUACCAAAUGCAUCGACCUUAAGCAUUGUUCGCGAACUUUAGUGCCGAAAUGCACAUUUUUAACCAAUGAAUAUAAAUGCAACGAAGCUUGGAAUGUUCAAAUAUCUUCACCAAUACUCACGAAAGUUAACCUUAAUGAUUUCUACAAUAUAUUGGAACAAAACUUCUCAUCAAAAGGUGUCAUAAGUGCUAUUGAUGUAGAUAUAUUUGCUAAUGCAGUUAAGGAUCCGGCGUAUCUCGAUGAACUGAAAGACCUUUUGCACAAACUUCGACUUUCUGCAGAAACUGGUAAUACACUGGAAUCAACACAUCAUGCAACUAUAAGAAACUAUAUGGAAUUCGGGAACAUUCCAGAAUUGAUUCAAAUACUCAAAGACCCUCUGAAUUUUGGUGUAUUUCUAGAUUUUUAUACAGCCAAUAUUUUACUAGAUAAACUUAUUACAUCUCAAAGUUAUGAUCAUGCCUCUAACGUUGCUUCAUUUAUAAUGCUACAAGAAGAUUUUUCAAAUGACAUUACUAACACACUAUGCCAGUAUGCCAGUUACAAAUAUCUGUCUGAGUAUAAGAGCCCAGAAAAUGAACCAGUAGUUCAAGAAAAUAACAAGAAAAAGGAAGAAAUAAAGAUUAGGAUAAAAUACUUAAGGAAUCCAUACUUUGACGAUCAUUUUGACAUUCAAGAUUUGAAAACUUUAUCUGGAAAAACAUUAGCUUGGAUAUCAAAAAAAGGCCACGACAAUCUUAGUUGUAAUUUACAAAUUAUAGGUUGGUUAUUUUAUCAAAAAUAUGAGCAAUUAUUGUUAUUAUGUAAUGAAUUAAUAGAAAACAAAACAUUUAAAUUACAUAAUGAAGUAUUAGAUCUAAUAAACAAGGAAAUUGAAACUCAAUCAGAUGACACUAAAGCUGUUUUAAGUCAAUGCAUUGAUGUUUUGAGCAAUGCAGCUAUUACAGAGACCAAAUUGGAACAUUCAAUUAAAAUUUCAAUUGAAAAUGCCAUUAACAGAACACAAAAUAAAGAUAUUGCUGCACAAAAAGAAUUAUUUUCAAGAUGGGAACAAAUUCGUGAAGACAAACUUGAGGAGCAAUCAAAACGCCUUGACAGAGCAAACCGUAUGAAGAAUAUUUUAGAACAGCAAAAACAAAUGCAAGUGGAGGAACAAAAAUUAUGGUUCUUUGAAAAUGAAGAGCAGAUUGAUUUACAAAUUGAGGAAAAAGAGAAACUUGAAGAUACAUCUGUGAAAAAGAGCACCAAGCAGAAAGAUGAUGAAAAUUAUAUUCCACCUGAAAUUUUACCCAAACGAAAAUGAACUUAAUGAAAAAUUUAGACUAA